AGGAGGAGGAGAGGAGGGUCCUUUGGGGAAGAGAGAGCCCUUGCAAAGUUCCCCGCUGCAGUCUCUCCUUGCCACUGGGGACAGGCACAGCCCCAGCUGCUCUGGCCUGCAGAGGUCCCACCGGAUGAAUUGCUAAACCGCCACCUGCUUCUGAGCAUUGUUCAACUUGGCGGGAUCCUCAGAACCGGGAGGUAAGCAAGGACAGCUGAGGACAACUGGAGCAGGAUCCCCCUGGCUCUGGGGGCCCAAGACCCUCCCGCCCCCUAUCCCCGGCAGCCUGUGUUCUGGGCCUCACCUAGACAAGUCUGAGUAGGAACAAAGCCAUCGCGUCCAUCCACAGCCAUGAAUUUCCUCCGGCGGCGACUCUCUGAUAGCAGCUUCGUGGCCAACCUGCCCAAUGGCUACAUGACAGACCUGCAGCGCCCAGACAGUUCCACCAGCUCCCCGGCUUCCCCGGCCAUGGAGAGGAGGCACCCCCAGCCCCUGGCAGCCUCCUUUUCCUCUCCAGGAUCCAGCCUCUUUAGCUCCUUCUCCAGUGCCAUGAAGCAGACCUCACAGGCCCCCUCGGGGCUGAUGGAGCCUCCAGGCCCCUCCACACCUGUUGUUCAAAGGCCCAGGAUCCUGUUGGUGAUUGAUGAUGCCCACACAGACUGGGCCAAGUACUUCCAUGGGAAAAAGGUGAACGGAGAGAUUGAGAUCCGAGUGGAGCAGGCUGAAUUCUCAGAGUUGAACCUAGCUGCCUAUGUUACUGGGGGCUGUAUGGUGGACAUGCAAGUCGUGAGGAAUGGGACCAAGGUGGUGAGAUCCUUCAAGCCAGACUUCAUCCUGGUCCGCCAGCACGCCUACAGCAUGGCCCUGGGUGAAGACUACCGCAGCCUGGUCAUCGGCCUCCAGUAUGGAGGGCUGCCCGCUGUCAACUCUCUCUACUCCGUGUACAACUUCUGCAGCAAGCCCUGGGUGUUCUCUCAGCUCAUUAAGAUCUUCCACUCCCUGGGUCCUGAGAAGUUCCCACUUGUAGAGCAAACGUUCUUCCCCAACCAUAAGCCGAUGCUCACAGCCCCGCACUUCCCUGUGGUGGUCAAGUUGGGACACGCCCACGCCGGAAUGGGAAAGAUCAAAGUAGAAAACCAGCAUGACUACCAGGACGUCACCAGCAUGGUGGCCAUGGCCAAGACCUACGCCACUACGGAGGCCUUCAUCGACUCCAAGUACGACAUCCGCAUCCAGAAAAUCGGGUCCAACUACAAGGCUUACAUGAGAACCUCCAUCUCUGGAAACUGGAAGGCCAACACAGGUUCUGCCAUGCUGGAGCAGGUGGCCAUGACAGAGAGGUACAGGCUGUGGGUAGACAGCUGCUCAGAAAUGUUUGGCGGCCUGGACAUCUGCGCCGUCAAGGCCGUCCACAGCAAGGAUGGCAGAGAUUACAUCAUCGAGGUGAUGGACAGCUCGAUGCCCCUGAUUGGCGAGCACGUGGAAGAGGACAAACAGCUGAUGGCCGACCUCGUUGUCUCCAAAAUGAGCCAAUUCCUGAUGCCAGGCGGCACAGUGCCCUCGCCACUGAGGCCUUGGGGUCCACAGACUAAACCAGCAAAAUCCCCCGGGCCAGCCCAGCUGGGGCCUCCGCUUGGACAGCCCCAGGCACGCCCACCCACCCAAGGGGGCCCUCGCCAAUCUCCGUCUCCUCAGCCCGCGAGGUCUGGAAGCCCAUCCCAGCAGAGGCUCUCCCCACAAGGCCAGCAGCCCCUGAGCCCCCCGUCCGGAUCUCCACAGCAGCAGAGAUCGCCAGGCUCUCCACAGCUGUCCCGGGCAUCCAGUGGCAGCUCUCCAAACCAGGCCUCCAAGCCGGGCGCCACCCUCGCCUCACAGCCCAGGCCCCCCAUUCAAGGCCGCAGCACCUCCCAACAAGAUGAAGAAUCCAAGAAGCCAGCACCACCCCACCCCCAUCUCAACAAAUCGCAGUCCCUGACUAACAGCCUCAGCACGUCUGAUGCGUCCCAGCGCGGGCCCCCCAGUGAGGACGAGGCCAAGGCCGAGACCAUCCGCAACCUGAGGAAGUCAUUCGCCAGCCUCUUCUCAGACUAGCCCCGUGCAGGCUGCUCGUCACACCCUCCCGCCUCCUGCCUCGUCUUCCUUCUCAGCCUUGGUUCCCGAUGGGAACAGAAUGGAGGGCCUGAGAAUGUACUGUCUAAAUGCCUCUGACCCAGCAGCUGAGUAUCUUUACGUGUCCCCACUUUCCUUUGCCGUGACGUUCCAGUGUUGUCCCGCUGAGUGGUGGGCCUUUGAGAGCUUCCAGGUUCCUCAAAAUGGGCCCUAAAGACAGGUGUCAUAUCACGCCACUCCCCGGAUGCUUGCUUCCCUGCCUCAGACCACCAAGUGCGAUGUCUGCGUGUGGCUACUUUUCACACUUCUUGUUCGUGUUUUGCUUGCCUUUGGGCCAAGGUCCCCUCUAGGGCUUGUCCCCCUCUACAUCAAAUGCAGACUCUGUAGUCGGACCUCAGCAAUUUAGGAGGCAAUAAUCUUUUGACAGUGUUUUGCAAACAAAAGGAGAAAAGCCCAGCCAGGGGCACCUACCACCGACCCACACUAGUUCCAGCCAGGCUCAAGAGACGGCCCCUCAGACCCGCAGGCAAGGCCCCACCAGGCCUGACCAUCGGGGGGAUCUUGAGGACAAUGGAAAGAAACCAGAUCCUGUGUGACAAGUGGGGCCUUUCAGAACACAACAGAAGCAGAGGGAAACUCUUGGAAUGCUGCUCAUGCCCAGACUGGACAGCCACGAGCAGACCACAGCUUCUUUAGGAGUCAUUCCUGGUCCCCGCAGAGGAAAGGCCCUCCACUUCCGAGGAGGGCGUUAGGUAGGGUAGGGCUCCUCCCCCCUUCUGUGUUACACCACCAGGAAUUCUCUCUGAAUUCCCACCAGGAUGUGGUUUCCUCCUCAAGAGCAUAGGAGGAACCAGAGAGAAUCAGCAGAUCGAUGACACAGGAUCAGAGAGUGUGAUGAUGGUAGCUUCUAGGCCGGCAUUUCACAAACAAAUUACAAAAUUACAAAUUACAAGAUUACAAAAGGGGUUCAUGGUCACGCAUGUUUAGGAAACACUGUUUUUAUUUCUAUUUUUGAGGUUGAUGUUACACAUUACACGUCAAAGUCUGUUGGGAUUCCUGCAGUAAAGAAAUUAGCUUUAA